AUGGUAUUAUACUUGGUCGGUCUUGGUCUUGGUGAUGAGAAGGAUAUCACUGUAAAGGGAUUGGAGGUUGUAAAGGCUUCGGAUAAGGUGUAUCUAGAGUUUUAUACAUCAUUGCUUGGAGGUUCAACUUCAGUCGAGCGUAUGGAGGCAUUCUAUGGAAAGAAGAUGAUAUUGGCUGAUCGCGAGAUGGUCGAAUCAGGUUGCGAACAGAUGCUAGAAGAGUCAAGAACACAAACAAUCUCAUUCUUGGUAGUUGGUGAUCCAUUCGGUGCCACAACUCAUACAGACUUGGUUAUGCGUGCAAAGGAGUUGAAGAUACCUUAUCAAGUGAUACAUAAUGCAUCGAUUAUGAAUGCUAUUGGAUGUACAGGAUUGCAACUUUAUACAUUUGGUCAGACGAUAUCAAUGGUGUUCUUUACAGAGACGUCAAAGCCAGAUAGUUGGUACGACCGCGUCAAACUUAAUAGAGCAGCUGGUCUGCAUACACUGGUGCUACUGGACAUCAAGGUCAAGGAGCAGACAAUGGAGAACCUGCUGCGUGGUCGUCCAAUCUACGAACCACCCAGAUUCAUGACCGUCAAUCAAUGCGUGCAACAGCUGCUCGAGAUCGAGGAGCUGCGUGGAGAGGGCGCCUACACAAAGGAUACGCUCUGUGUUGGUCUGUCGCGAGUUGGCCAAGACACACAACAGAUCAUCAGUGGCAGACUGGAAGAGCUGCUCAACGUCGACUUUGGCGCACCCCUUCAUUCAUUCAUCAUCGCUGGCGACAUGCACUUCCACGAGCAAGAGUUCUUUGAUACAUUCCGCGUCAACUCUGAGACCAAGUAUCUUCCAGUCGUCGCCUCUGACGACAAUGAUGAUAAUUAA